CUCUUCAACACUUUCUUUAUAUUUACUCUGAAAGUUUCACCUCAUAGUCCAGCCAUUUGAAACCAUCUCUUUAGCCUCAAAUCUGAGAAAUAGGGACCCAAAAAAACAGAGAAGAAAAAUCCAUUGUAGGUCAUGCAAUGGUAGCGUUGGCCUCUGGUGAUCGCUGGAGGCUAAUCUUUUGCCAGACAAUUCUCACACUGGUUGUCACAAUAGCAAGAAGCGAAGAAAUAUUUUUGGAGUGGCAUGUUACGAUUGACCUGACACUUAAACCAAUGUCCGUGGAUCAACCGGUUAUUACAAUAAAUGGGAUGUUCCCUGGACCUUUGAUCAAUUCAACAACUAAUGAUAAUGUUCAUGUCAAUGUGUUCAACGAUAUGGAUGAGCCUCUACUGAUGACCUGGAAUGGAAUACAACAAAGAAAAAACUCAUGGCAAGAUGGUGUAUCCGGUACCAACUGCCCGAUCCAGGCCGGUAUGAAUUGGACUUACGUUUUCCAAACCAAGGACCAGAUCGGCACCUUCUUCUACUUCCCUUCCCUCAACUUCCACAAGGCCGGUGGAGGCUUCGGCCCAAUCCGAGUUAACAAUCGGGCCAUCAUAGCUGUGCCAUUCCCCAAGCCCGAAGCCGAGUUUGAUCUUCUCAUUGGUGAUUGGUAUCAACAUAAUUUCAAGGAUGUUAGGUCUAAGCUGAACACCACUGUUUGGGCCUAUCACAUGCCCCCUGAUGGGAUGCUUAUGAAUGGGAAAGGGCCAUAUCUGGACCCUUUUACCAAAGCCCAUGAAUCCUUCACUGUCACUCGAGGAAAGACAUAUAGAUUUAGGAUAGCAAACGUGGGGAUAGCAUGGAGCAUAAACUUCAGGAUACAAAAGCAUCAAAUGGUGGUGGUUGAAACAGAGGGAUCAUACACCAAUCAAAUAACAUUAGAUUCUCUGGAUGUGCAUGUUGGGCAGUCUUACUCUGUUCUCGUCACAGCAAAUCAAGAAGCUGCAGAUUAUUACAUAGUGGCAAGUCCUAAAUUGUCUAAUGCCACUGAUAAUAGCAGUCUUGUGGGAAGAGCAGUACUACACUACGAUAACUCCACAACAACUCCCAAUGGACCUCUCCCAAAAGGUCCCGAUCCAUUUGACCUUGACUUCUCACUCAAUCAAGCUAAAUCCAUAAGAUGGAACUUGACUGCAGGUGCCGCCAGGCCAAACCCUCAAGGAACAUUUAACGUAUCAAACGUGACACUAUCACAAACCUUCAUACUACAAGGAUCAAUAAUUGAUAUCAAUGGUGUUCCACGCUACACCCUCAACAAUGUGUCUUACACUACCCCAGAUACGCCACUCAAAUUGGCUGACAACUUCAUCAAUGGCUCUGACGUCUACAAUCUCGAUGAAUUUCCUGUUAAUUCUUCCAAUCCAGUUGCCGUUGAUGGAACUUUUGUUGCCACCGGAAACCACAAGGGGUGGCUGGAAAUUGUGUUCAAGAAUGAUUUGAAUGUAAUGGACUCUUGGCAUUUGGAUGGGUUCGGCUUCUAUGUUGUUGGGUUUGGCCAUGGAAAAUGGACACCUGAAUUGCGUUCUACAUACAAUCUUUACGACCCUGUCGUUCGCUCUACUGCUCAGGUGUAUCCAGGUAGGUGGACAGCAGUGUAUGCAUACCUUGACAAUCCAGGAAUGUGGAAUUUGAGAUCACAACACUUGAAAAAUUGGUACUUGGGCCAAGAGCUCUAUGUGAGAGUCUAUGAUGCCGAUCCUGACCCUGCCAAAGAGCGACCACCCCCGGAAAACCUACUUUUUUGUGGAAAGGUUGAUCCUCCUCCACCUCCUCCACCUAGUCCUCCACCACCUCCAAUGCCAAACCCAAUUCCGGCACCACCACCACGGACUAGUAGUGCACUAGCUCCAAAAAUAGCAUGGGCUCAUUUGGUCAUGGUGAUCUGCACUGUUUUGAUUCCUCAAAUUGGACUUAACAACUAUGAUUGAGAGACACUGAAGAUUACUAGUAAAUGAAGGGUGCAUGUUACAGUAUGAAUUUUUUUGUCAAUUUUUCAAUUUAGUGUAAAUGAGACAUUCACAAGAGACUUUAUGAACUAUAUGAUAAAAAUCUGUGAUUUUUCUGUGGCUUAUUUUUUUUCUCCCUAGC